UUAUUUAAUGAAUGAAUUGCAUCGUGUAUUAUUAUGAUGAUGAACCACACAAUCAAUCACAUAACGGAUCUAAUGGUGUUCAGGAUUCAAUCGAAACAAGCUAUUCACAACCAGGUAAUUAUAAAAAUUUCAUUCUACCUGUUGAUCGUGCUCGAGAUCGUAAUCAUCAUCGUGGUGGAUUCGCCUAUAAUACCAAUAAUGUUCGGCCAUCAUCAUCAUCAUCAUCAUCAUCGUCAUCAACAUCGCCACAGCAACCAAAUAGUCAGAUACAUCCGACUCCUGCGUAUACGUUCCAUAUUGAACAAAAACAGCAACCAGAAAUUGAUGGAUAUGAUCGUGUGAAUGAAAUUUAUCCAAUGUCACAACCUUCGAAACCAGGAUUCGAUCGAAUGAAAUCGAAUCAAAGAUUUUCAACAAUCAAUUAUGAUCCCAAUUAUGAAAUUCAUCAUCAUACUCAGGCUCAGCCAGAUUCACGAACAUUUGUGGAUAGUCGAACAUCAUCGAAUGGUGAUCAAAAUAAUCAAAUUUAUCCCGGUACUCCAAAACCGGAUGGUAACCCAUCAAUAUUCAAUGUUCCUCAGCAACAAGAAUCAGAAUUUACCACAUACAAUCCAAAACAUAAUAACAACGAUAAUGCAAUUCAAUUUGAUCCUCGAUCAUUGCCUAAUCAACCGAUGCCAAAUCAUCAUAACAUCGGUAAUGUCAUUCAACCAUCUAUUUAUAAUGGGAUAUAUCCUCCGUCUACUUACGUUUAUCAGCAAUCUCAUAGUAGUCAUUAUAGAACUCCCACAUUAAAUCAGAUAGGUUACAGAUCUCAAAUGCCAAUUCAAUCAAAUGGUGCAUCAAGCUAUCGAGUUUUGUCAACUUAUGGCAGUGGUAUUCAAUCAUCACAACCAGGAUAUGAUGUUCAAUCUUCGACAGAUAUGUAUCGGAAUCAGAUCGCAUAUCCAUCACCAACCUAUACAUAUCAUGUAGAACAACGAAGACAACCAGCGGAUGACAUUUCACAUGAUGUGCAAUCAAUUCAAUCUCAAAUCUAUCCAGUACCGAGUAAUCCCGAUACUCAGAUCUAUACAAUUCAACAGCAGCGACUAUCGCAUCCAAAUGGCACUGGUUUGAGAACUUCACCAACGCCAUCAUCACGAUCGCACCAACAAUCAGCUUCGAACUUAAAAAAUAAUCAUCCAACUAUUAAUAGAGCUGGUGGUUCCAAUCAAUCAAUUAUCAUGGCUCCCAAUGAGUUUAAACAACGUAUAUCCAUGCAUUAUCCAGGACAAACAUUUCGAACAAAAGGAGGUGGAUAUUCGAUGCCUCGAAUUCAAAAUAAUGGCAUCAUAUCUGGUGGUCAUCCUAUUGGAAACACUUACACUAAUUAUACCUCUUACAUGCCUUAUACUGGUCGUAGUCCAUACAUUCAAGCACCGUUUGCAGGAAUACAUCAACAUCAGAUUACUUCGACAGCAUCCAUUCCUUCAAGCCCUAAUCGCGAGCAUUAUAUGUUUCCAGCACAACAGCAACAACAGAUUUCUUAUGAUCGCUAUGGACAUUUGUUACCUGGCUCAACAAAAGGAUCAAUGUCCGGCCAGAAUAGUAUCACUAGUCCUGGUUGUACUAAUACCGAAAUAACAAUGGUAUCAUUUCGAAAAAUGGGUUUAAGUUCUCGUCUAAAAAGUAAACACAUUUAUAAGGUAGCCCGUGCAGAACGUCUUGAAGAAUGUGAACGUUAUUGUGUAGAAACAAAAGAUUUCAUUUGUAAAUCAUUUAAUUUUCGGCCAUUUUUUCCGGACAAUUGUGAAUUGAGCAGCGUGGAUACGAAAAAAUUUAAAUUGGAAGAUACAAAUCAUUUUGAACAUAAUACACAAUUUGAUUAUUAUGAACGAGAUGAAAGUCAUCAGCCUAAUACAGCCGUUAGUAAUGGUAUGGAUUGUUUCGAAGUGUUACAAACUUGUUCACCUGAUGGUAUGGAACUGAAACUAAAAACACCUGAUGGUUUCUAUGGCCGUAUCUAUACAUAUGGAUUUUAUGAUUCAUGUUUUUUCGACGGUAAUGGUGGCACAACCAGUGUAUUGAAAAUAAGCAAACCAAAUGGCUUUCCACGUUGCGGUACACAACAAAUCAAUCCAGAUGCAAUGACCAAUAUUGUUGUUGUACAAUUUAAUGAUUAUGUUCAAACAAGCCGUGAUAAAAAAUACAAUUUAACCUGUUAUAUUUCCGGACCGGGAGAAGCUGUAGUCACAUCAAAUUAUCUGGAUACAAAAACUGAUGGACGACAUCCGAUGCAAAUUGAACAUUUACCAGCACAAAAUGUAUUAACAUCAAACAUUGUUUUACGAAUACUUUAUCGAGGAACACCAACCAAUACUAUCGUUGUUGGAGAUUUAUUAACAUUCCGAUUGGAAGCUCGUAAUCAAUAUCGUUUCAAUGGUUAUUAUAAUGAUAUUUUUGCUACUAAUGUCAUUGCCAAAGAUCCAUAUACCGGGCGACAAGUUUUACUUAUUGAUUCAAGAGGUUGUCCAGUUGAUCUGUACGUAUUUCCAGAAUUACAUAAAACACCGGAUGGAGCUUUAGAAGCGGAAUUUUAUGCCUUUAAAAUACCGGAUUCGAAUUUCCUUGUAUUCCAGGCCACUGUUCGUACAUGUAAAGGACCAUGUGAACCGGUCAUUUGUAAGGAAAGAAAUCGAGGUGGUGGAGGAGGAGGAUCUAGUUCAGUUAAAGGUGGUGCAGUUUCAAAUUCUUAUAUGGAUUUUCCAUCAUGGGGACGUAAACGAAGAUCGAUUUCAAAUGUGACUGUUGAACAACCAAACAAACGUUUGAAACAAAAAAUCUUCAAACAAGAAUUACAACAACAACAACAAACGAAUCAAGAUGAGGAAGAAGUUCAUGAGCUAUUACGUGUGUAUCUAUCACCGGAAGAUGUACCAGAACCUGAAAUGUUACGACGACCAUCAUUAACGGAACAGUCAACAAUCUCAUCCACUGCCAUUGCUAUUGAUAAAAUGUGCAUCGAUAAAACUGCCUACUAUAUCCUGUUUAUAUUCACAGUAAUGUUUUUCAUUCUAUUCAUAAUCAUACUACCAUAUUGUAUGUUGGCCAAAUGGAUGAAAUUUAAAUAUGAAGAUGAAAAUGAAAAGAAUAAUAAACGAAUCAUUGUGGAAAAUGAUGGCGUUACUGGAUGGAUGUCUAAUGGAUGGCAACGAAUGUCAUCAUUAUUUAGAAAGCGACAUCAUCAUUGUAGGCCAUUUUCUAUUACAUCACCACCGAUGAAACCUUCAUUAUUAAAUGGUCUAUAUGGCCAUCAUCAAUUGCAACGAACUUAUCAAACAUCCACUCCAUUAUCAUCACCAUCGGUUUCAUAUAUAAAUGAUGAUCAAAUCUAUAACAAUCUAAACACCACUUGUAAUGGUCAUAUAUCAAAUAUAGAACGAUCACGAAGUUUACAAAGUUUAAUGGUUAACAAAGAUCAGAUUAAUAAGACAACCAUUGCUGUUAAUUAUGAUUAACAUAUAUAUUAUCAUAAUGAAUGUUUAUCUUUUUUUUUACCUUCUGCAAUUGUUUUUUUUACUGUGAAUUGUCUUUUCUAAUUACACACACACACACACAAAAACUUUUUUCCAUUACUUAUGAUUAAUUGUAUUUUUACCUCAGAUCAAUUUUUCGAUAUCUUCGUUGAACAGACGUUCGUUUUAUCAUUUUCAUGAUUUUUUUU